CUGUUAAACGCCCAGUUCAUCGUCAGAGCUGGUCAGAGCUGGAUCGGGAUUUAUAUCGUGUUGCAGUACCGUAGAUUCGCGCGACGCAUACGGAUAUUCGCGGUAGAAAAGCCGAAGUCAGAGACGCAGAGGAUUCGCAGGGCAGAGGAGAGUCGCGACGUGGUGACGCCGUUAAAGGAAUCCAGGCAGAAAAGAAGGGCGUACGGAACGGUCGCCCCUCGAACCGCGAACGAGAGACCUGCGAGCAAAUUUAGCGCGAGAAGAGAGUCAGACGGCGAGCAGAAGACAGCUGUAGUCUGGCAAAGGCAGUGGUCGCACCGAAAAGUCGGCGUGGUGUCAUGAGAGGCGGUCUCACAGUCCGCCCUUCUUAUCGGUCCCUAUUAGAGUCAUGCAUGUCGCACCUUUCAAACGAGCUACCGUGGGACAUGAUCCACAGACGAGCAACGGCAAUCAGCCGCAGCAACAACUGCAACCCGGUAGUUGGAGUGGAGCUCCCGAGACAACGUUGGUCUCGCGAUCAGCUAGGAUCAAUGGGAACAGCAACGGCUGGAACCCCGUUGUUACGACGCCGUUUCAGCCUCAACAACAGCUACACGAACGGAAACAAAAAGAAACUAAAUCUGGGGAUGUGGGAGAUGAUGAAGACGGGGGUGGAGGGGGUGGAGGGCUGGAGGGGGCGGACCCAGAGGAGAACAACUCUGUUCACCUCAAGAGACGGGUGGGACUCGUCAGUGGGGUGGCUCUAAUCGUUGGUACCAUGAUAGGUUCCGGGAUAUUCGUUUCGCCGUCAGGGCUUUUGGUUCGAACUGGCAGUAUUGGAAUCAGCUUCCUCGUAUGGACGGCCUGCGGCUUGUUGAGUCUGUGCGGCGCGUUGGCAUACGCCGAGCUGGGUACGAUGAACACGAGCAGCGGCGCCGAAUACGCAUACUUCAUGGACGCGUUCGGUGCUCCGCCUGCUUUCCUCUUCUCGUGGGUCUCCACUUUGGUCCUGAAGCCGUCACAGAUGGCGAUCAUAUGCCUCUCGUUCGCGCAAUACGCGGUAGAAGCGUUCGCGGCCGAUUGCGAUCCACCCGAGGAAAUCGUAAAGAUCGUCGCGCUCCUGGCGAUCAUACUUAUACUGCUGGUGAAUUGUUACAGCGUUAAUCUGGCCACGGGUGUGCAGAACGCGUUCACUGCGGCCAAAUUGAUCGCCAUACUCGUUGUAAUCGCCGGCGGUUCUUACAAGCUGAUACAGGGUAACACGCAACAUCUGAAAGGCGCGUUCGACAUGAUUGACGGCAACAAUACCGUGAACAUCGGAAGACUGGCCACGGCCUUCUACACUGGCCUGUGGGCUUACGACGGUUGGAACAAUCUUAAUUACGUCACGGAAGAAAUCAAAGAUCCCUCGAAAAAUCUGCCGCGUUCCAUCAUGAUCGGUAUACCUCUUGUCACGCUCUGUUACGCGUUGAUAAACGUCUCUUAUCUAGCCGUGAUGUCGCCGUCGGAAAUGAUCGAAAGCGAAGCCGUUGCAGUGACUUUUGGCAAUCGGAUUCUUGGCGUUAUGGCGUGGCUCAUGCCGCUCUCGGUUGCAAUCAGCACGUUCGGUUCCGCAAAUGGUACUCUCUUUGCAGCAGGUAGACUAUGCUUCGCCGCAUCCCGAGAGGGUCAUUUACUCGACUGUCUCAGUUACGUGCACGUGCGACGCUUCACUCCCGCGCCAGGACUUAUCUUCCACUCUCUCGUUGCAGGAACGAUGGUAUUGUCUGGAAACAUAGAUUCCUUGAUCGACUUUUUUUCAUUUACCGCUUGGAUCUUUUAUGGCGGAGCAAUGCUUGCUCUGUUGGUGAUGCGAAGGACCAGACCAAAUCAUCCACGACCAUACAAAUGUCCGCUGGUGAUACCUGUGCUCGUACUUGGAAUCUCUGCGUACCUGAUUGUAGCACCAAUCAUUGACAAGCCUCAAAUCGAGUACUUGUACGCGACCGGGUUCAUAUUUGCGGGCAUGCUUGUCUACCUCCCAUUUGUUAAAUACGGAUAUGUGCCCAAAUUUAUGGAAGGUGUGAAUGCCUUCCUUCAGAUGUUACUCGAGGUAGCACCGACGGCUGCAGCCUUUGACUGACCUCGAUCGAAUGCAAGGAACGGUUCUUUUAAUGCCAAAUCAUUCCAUUGCAGCAUCGUGAACCAUUUGUGGAUAU